UGCCGGUCUUUUCUUGCACAGCCCGGUCACACUUUCCGCUGCAGCGAACUAGUUCCGGUUCCGAUCCGCUGUGGGAAAUUACAAGAUGUUUGGAUUGCUGCGACACCUGUUCAAAUUGCAGUUUCUCUUUGUUGUGGCCGCCAUUCUGGCCGGAUUCUACCAGACGGAGAUUAGGCAGUUCCUGCGCCGGCAGACGGACGACUACCUGGACCAGGCUGGCCAGGAUGCGGGCAUUCCGCUGGCCUUUUCAGCCGAUGACGAAGUCGGCACGGUAUUCACGCCGGCCGAGUUGGCCCGGUUCAAUGGCGAGGAGGAGGGCCGACCGCUCUACCUGGCCCUGCUGGGAUCCGUCUUCGAUGUGAGCCGCGGGAUCAAGCACUACGGCUCCGGGUGCAGCUACAACUUCUUCGUGGGACGCGACGCCUCGGUGUCCUUCAUUUCCGGCGACUUCGAGACCUACGACCCGGAAACAUCCGACGAUGUGCUCUCGCUGAAGCCGGAGGAUCUGAUAGGACUGGCCGGGUGGCGGGACUUCUACCAGAAGGACUACGUCUACAAGGGUCGGCUGGUGGGGCGCUUCUACGAUGCGAAGGGAGCCCCGACGAGCUAUCACCACAAGUUCCUGGAGCUGCUGCAGCAGGCGCGGGAUGCGAAGCGGCAGGUGGAGGAGCUGCGGGCCCGCUAUCCCGGUUGCAAUAUCGAGUGGAGCCAGGAGCGGGGCACCCGCGUCUGGUGCACCAACACCAGCGGCGAUGGGAAGGAGCGCUCCUGGAUCGGCCAUCCCCGCAAGCUCUACAGUCGCGGCAACAAGAGCUUCCAGUGCGCCUGUGUGCCCGAUUCCCAGCUGGACGAGAUCGAUGCCGGCGGCCAGGCGGCCCACGGAGACGCCAUGCUGAAGCCCUACGACAACUGCGAACCCCGCGCCCUGGAGUGCUUCUAUAGGGUGUAGCAGCUGGCCCUGGAUUUGUAAAUAUCUAGCACAUUCCGGACGAAAGUAAUAAACAGAUUAUCAGUUUU